GGCACUCCCUGCAUUGUGCUGUCGCUUCUUACGCACGAUGAUAUAAGAACAAGUAUGUGGAGUAUUUAUAUUGAUGAGCAUCCUUGAGUAAAGCGUGUGUGUUGAUCGCGCCCUCGGCGGCUUCUUCGUCACUCCCCACUCCCUUGUGAAAGCCCUCCUCUUCCCUCAGUAGGCUGAGCGCUCGGCCUGGAUGUGUGCUGAACACAGCGGCUUGUAGAAGAUGUCCGCCGCGGGUGCUGGAGCUUGCGGACCCGGACCCGGACCUGGAGCCGGCGGCGCUCCGGGAUCCGGAGCCUCCAACCCUCGAAAGUUCAGUGAGAAAAUCGCCUUACACACUCAGCGCCAGGCCGAGGAGACCGCCGCCUUCCAGGAGGUCAUGAUGGACAUCACCUCCACCCGGAUUCAGGCUCAGAAGGUGCGACUGGCUAGAACACAGGGCCCUUAUUACGGAGGCUCUCUGCCAAACGUCAAUCAGAUCGGCAGGAACGCGGCCGACCUCCAGGGCCCGUUCCACUCGAACUUGGAAUCCAGCCGCUCCACACGGCACCAUGGGCUGGUGGAGAGAGUCCCCAGAGAACGACGCUUCGUCUCCCCCAGCCGACCGUACAGGAGAUACGUGGACAGCUCUCAUUGCAGCUCCGCAUACCUGUCUCCACCCCCUGACCCGAGCUGGAGAAGGAACUGGUCCAGUAAUUUCUCCAUGGACAAGAACCCAUUGUUCCGUCUUCCCACCACAGCACUCAACAGAACGAACUCAGACUCUGCUCUGCACACCAGUGUGAUGAACCCUCCUACAGGAGAUCCAUUCAGUGCAGGACACGCCCUAAACCCUCAUGGGAGACGCAGCGGUCUGUCUGAGGGUGAAGGGCGGAGAAUGUUUCCAUACCCGGUCCCUCCCAUAGAGGAGAAUGUAUUAGAUGAAGCCAAGCUUCUAAAACCAUGGGACACAAAGAAGUUACCCAUGCUGUCCACGCGACCAAAGUCUUGUGAGGUCCCUGGAAUCAAUAUAUUCCCUUCGCCAGAUCAGCAGUCCAAUGCCCCUCUUGUCCCAUCUGCUUUGAAUACUGGAGGUUCCCUGCCUGAUCUGUCCAGUCUGCACUUCCCCUCACCGCUGCCAACGCCACUCGACCCAGAUGAGCCUGGCUACCCCUCUCUCAGCGGGGGCAACAGCACUGGCAACCUUGCCUCCACCCUCACUCAGCUUGGCAUCAAUACCACAAAUGCCUUCAACUCUCCAGGUCUCCUGGCCUCUCUGCAGGGCACGCUUAGUAACCCUACUCUCCAGUCUUCUCUUAGCAACCCUAACAUCCAGUCAUCCUUAAGCAGCCACUCUUUCCCCAACUCCCUUAGCUCUGCCUCACUGCAGUCAUCACUUAGCAAUCCUUCCCUGCAGUCCUCCCUUAGCUCCUCCCCUUCUUUGCAGUCGUCCCUCAGCAACCAAUCUCUUCAUUCCUCCCUAAGUAACUCUUCCCUAAGUGGUCAGUCCCUCCCGUCAGUGAAUAGUGCGGUGGGGCCAGGCCCUGGUUUGAGUUCCUACCCUACGCUGUUACCCGGCCAAGUGCAGCCACAGUUAAGCUCCUCCCCCCGCAGGCGGGGUCAGCUCUCACCGCUUAACCUGCCCCUGGGCCCGGAUUCCCGCAGGCACCAUUCCAAACAGUUCUCACCCACCAUCUCGACCACAUUGACUUCAAUCACACAGGGUGUUCCACUAGAUACCAGUAAGCUUCUGAUGGACCAGAGAUUACCACCAUAUCCUUUUGGUCAGUCUCAGCCAGCCCAGAGCGGUGAUGCACAGAAAGGCUGCUCCUCACCACAGUCAGGCCAGCCACCAGUCCAGCACCAACAAUUACAGCAACAUCAGCAGACAGCACAGCCUUCCCAGUGUCACCCCCACCCCCACCCCCACCCCCACCCACACUCACAUACACAACACCCACAGGCCAUGCAGCUGCACAUGCAAAACAUGCACAACCUGCAUAAAACGCAGAACUUUCCGUUUGAUCACGUCCAACGACAACAGGGCUCCCAUCUCCAGCCACAGCCGAACCAAAACCGCAGCAGCACAGCUGACACGCCAGCGCCAGUGAACUCGCAGAGCAUGCAGGAAUCUGAUGUACAUACACAGACACACACACACGCUGUACAGCAAGAACAGAACCAGAACCUUCCUCACCUUCAGCAGAUCAGCCAGUCUCUAGCCAGUGAACUUGGUCUUUACAAUGAUUCCUUAUUACUGAACUCCCUUCUGGAUGAUCCAUACCUGGGCCUACAACUCACUGGCAGGCAAAACCAGAACCUAUCUCAGCAGUUCACCAUUGACUCGCACGCAGAGGGUUUGUCCUUUAACCACAGUCUGGACUCUGGCACCCCCACUAAAGGCCAGGAUGGCUCCUACCCCAGCCACCAAGGGGUGCUAGACUUGCUGGACUCUUCAGAUCAGCAGUUCCUCAACCCCAGUCAGAACCAGAACUAUGGCAGCGGGCGCCACCCUGUCCCCAACAUCAUACUGACUGGAGACUCUCCUCCUGGUUUGUCUAAAGAGAUUACCAAUGCUUUGUCUGGAGUGCCAGGCUUUGAGGUGGACCCAUUCUCUUCAGACGACACACUCAGGAUGGAGCCUCUGGCUCUGGAUGGCCUCAGUAUGCUCACCGAUGGAGACUUGAUGCUGGCCGACCCUGCCGUAGAGGACUCGUUUCGCUCUGACCGACUCAAAUGAACAAGAGAAGGGCGAUUGGAACGAUUAGGAGUCAGGAGACAUCCAUACAAUCGGCGAGUAAGAAGAAGUGAAGUCUUUAAGGCAUUCCAGUGGGAUUUCUCCUCGCACUCCACUUAGGCUUGAAACCUGCUGAAGAGAUUCCUGAAAGGGACCAACUAUGUUUAUGAUAAAAAAAGAAAAAAAAAGUGUUAGUCCAGCUGUUUUUGCUCUAAGCCCCAUGCACUUGAGAGUUCUCUUCAGAUGCAAACAUAAAUAUAGGCAUUAGCUUGUCUAAGUCCUAACUGCAUGUUGACAUGUGCACUUCAGAUUACAUAACUCCUACAGAGGAGUCAAGCAUGUGAUGCCAACUCGCAGAAAACGUUUAAAUCUGUGAGAUGCUCAUUUUCUGUUUAUUGUCCCCUCUAUUGAGAGUGUUGACUCUCAAAAACAGACCAAGUGUUGAUCUUACAGAAGAAGAUCUACCAAAAUAGAAAUAUGACCAACUUUACCAUGUCGCUGUAUGUCACCGACUGUGUACUUUGCGUUGAGGGCACGUCCUCCACAACCGCUUGUACUAAACGAGUAUUUAUUAAUUCUGAGCUGGUUAUUUAGUGACACUGAUCCUCUGUUUUUAUGGCCCUGCCAUUGAACCUAAACUUUUUUAGUCUUUAAUUGACUUCAGUCUGCUGUAAAGUGGCUUUGAUUUAUCAGCAGCCUCUCUUUCCACCAAAGUGUCAGGGGAAAAAGAUCAAAGUAUCUCUCUAAAAUUAGAUUCUUGCAGAUACCAACCAAAAUGCCUCCAAGUAGAUUUUUUUUUUUUUCGUGCUUCAGCUAAAGCAAGCUUGUGUCUCGCGGAUGUGAUGUGAUAUGAUGUGAUAGUGGUAGUGUAUAAUGGCAGUGUGUGUUUUCUGAUGUCUCCUGUGUCAGGCUGAACUGGUACCCUGGAGCUUGGUUCAUGUGAACUGAAAGCUGCAGCCCUGUUAAUGUAAUGUAGCCUGUGCUGUUGCAUUGCAGAUGAAAUGGUGGUUUUGCGUACAGAUCGCCACACACUGAUGCGUUUGCGCUCUAAUGGCUGGUUCUUGUGUGGUUUGCUUGUCCGUGUGUGCGUGUGCGUGCGUGCGUGCGUGUGUGCGUGCGUGCGUGCGUGCGUGUGUGUGUAUACGUGUGUUUGGAGCUGAAGAAUGCAGUCUGAUCCUCGGGCACUGUGAUAUGCACCUCUUACUGCUCCCUCUACCUGCCUUUGCACAUACCCACUCCUGAACAAGGCCAUAUUCAAAGGACUACAUAUUUUAUGUAACAAAUAGUAUAUACUAUGAAUUUUAUUUUUUAAGAGAGCGACUCUAGAUGUAAGUGUAUAUAAAUGUAUUCCUCUAAUAAUAUAAAUCUCUAAAUUAAGGAAGAGAAGCCUAUUUCUGAAUAGAACCCACCAAAGUGUCGUCAUUCAGCAGAUUGAGUUUUAUUGUUUAAGCCACAGGUUAUUAGUCGUUUUUGCCUUCUUUGUCAGUGUUGUUUUUCUGAUGUCUUUUUUAUUAUUAUUAUUGUUAUUAUUAUUAUGGAUUUUUUUUUUAAAAAAAAACAAAUUUGAUUAUUUUUGAAAAAUUGUACAGUUGCAGUGUUUACUGUCCCUUCACUGCUUUGUGCAUGUUAUUAACAGCACUCGGGUUAUGUUAGGUGUGUGUGCGCCAUGUGAAAUCAAAGCAUAGGCAUGUCUCAAAUGCCAGAAUGUCCAGAGCAGAAAAGCCUUUUAUUCUACUGUAAUGAUAAUGCAAAACAAUUGUUUAAGUAUAUGUAUAAGUCCGUGCUUUCUCUUUUUAUACGCUUGCGCUUUACAGUGGCUUGGUACCUUAAUGGUUAGCCUGAUAUCUAGGCUGCUUACUCUGUUGAUUGUUGCACCUCUUCAUAAUCUUUAUGAAAAAACUCUUUAUCUAGCACUUUUCAUACAUUUCUAAUUCAUCUCAAAGUGUAUAUAAGUACUGAUAAGAGAUUUUUUUUAAAUGCAUGCACUGGUUAAAAUGGUGAAAGAUGUAUUUUUUUUUUUAAAAAAAAGAAAAUAUAGCUAAUAAAAUCCAAUGAAUAAGAUUGAAUUAAAAAAAAGAAAAGCGAAAGAUCUGUAAAAUGAAAGAAACCUGAUGAAUCCAAAACAAACACAUUCCGGACUUAAAGUGCGUAGAAGUAAAAGGCUGCAUUCACAGUCGUCAUCUGUUUGGGUUUCAUAAAUAUUCAUUAAGACCUGAUCCUAUGUCACGACUCAAAGUAUAUUGUCAGGUCCAUUCAGAAAUGGAUAAAGGUGCUAGAUUGCAGAGCUUUCAAGCCAUACUCUCUGGUAUAUGCACAGAAAUGCAUUUUCUGCCUUUCAGAUGAUUCGCCGAUUUCAAGUUCACGUCACUCUGUAUGGAACUUGUGUAGAAUGUGAUUCUUAAAAAGGAUAUACCCAGUCAUUUAGAAGCACUGUGAAAUGAAAGGAUGGUGUUAGCAAAACUCGAUCACUGAUAUCUUAGUAGCUGCAUUCUGAAACUGCAGUUAGUAUUGGUGACUUUCUAGGAAAUCCUAAUUGAGUCGCAGUUUUUUUUUUUCACCAUGUUACCUGAGCUCUAACAUGUGCAGUGUUCCUGUGAUCAAAGAAAGCAUUCUUAAUAACAAAUUUGUCAAAUCAAAGUUAAGCGCAUCACCUAGGUUCCAUACCGCAGACUUGAUCUUAAAGCGCCAGAUUCUUUAGUUUUGUAUAAAAAGUAAAAAAAAAAGUAGACGUGCUUAAUACUUUUAUAUUUUAGGCCAUCUUUAACACCACCUCUUCUUAUUACUGAGGUCUAAAGCAAAGGUCCUGUAACACUCAUCUGCUGUCUUAUAUAUGCAGUGUCUUUAUGUAAAGUAGCCUUAUUCCUGCACUAAUUGAGAUUUAUACCAAGACUGCACUUGAAAACUAAGUUAAGGUUUUCAAGCCGUUCCUGUGGAGCUGCCAUAUCGCAAACUUUUGGCCAUUCGCAUGAUAAAAUUCAGGUAAUCGUAUAAUGCACUCUUUAAGAUCUGCUGUUGUGUGAAAGUCAUGGUGUCUGGGGAAGGGGUUUUGAAAGAUUUAUUUUGGACAUUUGUGUAGGUGAUAAGAGAAAAGUUGUGAAGUCAAAAUGCUCAUCAGGCAUACCUGACACUUCUUGCUUGUACCCUUUUGAUGAUCGUUAGAUCAGUUUCCCCCCUGUGCCACAUCGUCAUCCAGAAUCAUCUUGAAAUUAAAGUUUAGACAAUCAUUGUCUGCUCGCGUGCACGAGACUUUCUGGUUUAUCACAAGACAGGGACAUGAGAAGGAUGUAUGAAGUAUGUUAAAACCAGUGCAGGUUGCUGCUAUGUAGAUUAUUAUUGAUUAUGCAGCAUUUUUGAAAUUCCAUAACCAGUAGAGCUGUUUGUGAUCAUCGACAGCUCUGAUACCCAGCAGUUUUAUCUCUGUCGCCUCUGGUUUUCGCAACUUUCUCACGGAGCUGUAGGAUUAAUGGAAUAGAGGGCUUUUUUUUUUUUUUCUUUCUUUUUCCUAAAACAACUGAUUUAAGAGACACCAAGACUGUGAUUAGAAUUCUAACAGACAUUUAGCAACCAAGGCUUUGUUACUGAGUCCAAACAGAGUAUUUUCACCAUUUCUACACAAUGUUUGGAAAGAUUUUCAAUCAUGACUCUGGACGUUAUUUUCAUGAGAUGUGUGCAAAGAAUUUUUUAAAAACCUAUUUUCAUAUGUUACAACUGCAUGCCAGGCGGCUAUGCACGCUUUUUGACUUGAAGUGCACUGUAGAAAUGCGCGUUGGACUUGCUGUCCUCGGUGUGUUGAAGAGCAAGGCGCAGUGCUGUUUUCCGCCAGCAGGGGGAGCUGCUGCACAGCGGCUCAGACCUCAACACAACUGAUUGUCGUGUGUUUAUUGACAAAAUUAAAGCAAUGUUCCUUAUUCCGUUUUCUGUGUCGUUGUGCUUGAGUUGAGUGAUCGUUUCCAGUCUCUGUUUAUAUCUAAGUGAAAUAUAAAUAUAAGUAAAAAAAAAACAAACAAAAAACAUUUGCUUUAUAAGUCAUGCCUUUGCAAACUUUGCUCUUGCUUUACAUUAUUUUGAUAACCAGGGAAUCCAUAUUUGUUGUAAAUAAGAUAAAAUAUAGGUGCUUCUAACGGAAUAUUUUUAAGACUGUAUCCUCAUAAUAUUUUACAAAAAAAUAAAGAAUUUAAUUGAAUGUGUAAGAA